GCUGACGGGUUGUCGCUCCCAUACAGUGGUACAGCUAUUUACCGCAAGUGAACAGUGUGUUGUGUGUGGGGGGCUGGUGUGUGGAGGCCUGUAUACAUUUCACGUGCUUUCCUGUGAAUGUAAUUUCCUCGGAGAUUAGUUCUUGUGGAUGUAAUCAUAUGGAUCUAAACAUUCUGCUCGGACGAUUGAUGGCGUACUGAUCACGUGAUAUUACCCAGCUUGCCAUGUUAUGACUGACCUGAUUUGCCUCGCCUAGUUCCGUCCUUUAUCAACGCUUUGGCUAUACGCUGACCGGUAAUCAGCCUCUGAUUUCGUCAUGUUUGGAAUGAACAAAAAGGUCGUCCGAUAUUUAGUCUUCGGGGUUCUUAUUUGUUUGGUUCUGUUUUUAAUUUUACAUAAAUGGAGCAUUCCGACGUCACUUAAUGAGCACAGGAACGAACCGCCGGAGACAUUGGAACUUUCUACUGAAGACAAAGUAGAAUCCCAAUCCCAAAUCAAUGAAAGGUUGAUUCGUCCACUCAAAGGAGCGUCAUUUAGUCCAGUUAUCACACAGUUUUUGAAGGGCCAGGGUAAAGCACCUCCAGAACCACGAAUUCAGAUGCUAGCCGCCAGUUUGGUUAAUAAAAGGGACACAUUACUGACGUUUAAAGAACAGGAAAUGGUUCGAGAUUGCGUGCGCACUGCAAGUGUUGACCGGUCAAGGUCAACUCCAAAAUUUUUCGGUGGGAAAACGCAAGAGAUUCGUCGGACACACCACACAUACCUUAACGAGAACUCUUUAUUGAUGGAGAUAGGGGGAAACUGGGGAUGGGAUGCUGGCAACUUCUCCAAACUCUAUAAUCCGAGGUAUAUUAUUCUGGAACCUCUCCAAGAAUACGUUAACAUAUUGGAGAAAAAAUUUGAGAAUAAAACCAACGUCAACAUCUAUAAUUUGGGCCUAGGGGCCAGAAAUGAAACCAUAAUGGUGAAUAUGGAAGGAAAUAAUGCAUGUGCUACUUCCAAGUUUUCUGGAAAGAGAGGAAAUGUCCCAAUCCACAUCAUAGAAGCGAAGUCAUUUAUGACGGGUCUCGGGGUAGGCACGUUUGACGUAGAUCUACUGACCAUGAACUGUGAAGGAUGUGAGUUCGAGGCCCUAGAGAAUCUUCUCAGUUUCAAUAUCAUAGAGAAAUUUAAGAACAUUCAGUGGGGUACCCACAGCUUGCUAAAGGGAAUGAAAGACCCUAUAGGGCGGUACUGUAGGAUCACCGCUUUGCUGUCACGGACCCACCGACCCACAUAUCAGUACAAAUUUAACUGGGAGAGCUGGCGACGCAAGGAUAUUGUAUAAAUGUUUUAUUGGUAAUCAGUAUGCAAAUGGUGUACAAGAGAUUGAGUGGAUUAGAAGAGAUUGUGGGGAUUGGGGUGUUCUUUAUUAUCGUUUGGCAUAUUUCUGUAUUUUCAGUUCAGAUGUGAUAAAAAAAGAGAUCAAGCAACAGCUUCUACAAACAUUUCAGGGGGCAGAUCUGGGAUUACCUUUGGAAGGGGGCAGAUAUGAGAUCACCUUUAGGGUUUUCAACAAAAAUAUAUUAUUGUACUUGUGCAGCGACAGGUUGUUACCUUUCGGGUGCACUGGACGCUCGCCCCUGUCAAUAUUUGUCCAUAGGUUGUGCCUGUAUUCGGUGCAUGUUAUACAUGAUUGAGCUAGAAUCUAAAGUAUACCUGAUUAUCUGGCUGUGCAAAUAAUAACGGAUGUCCACACCACGGUCAAAAACUGUAUUGUAACUACAUCGGCAUUUGUUUUCCGGCAUGACUAUAUGUAUGAGCGGGAUAUUUUGAAAAAAGUACAUUGUAUAGGUAAAAUAAGCAAAAUAUAAUCAACUUCGGUGUUCUAAGUGUAAACUUUCAGCGCGGCCAUACCAGAACUCGAACCUUGGAUACCAAAUUCUUAAAGUGUGGCAAGGAAGUACUUUUGCCCAAACGCACUAUACAAUUAUAUUCAAAACGAAAUAAAGGGGAGCUUACUCUGUAUACGAGACCACAGAGGAAUAUCCAGUGUUACCUGCGGUGUGACAAGGAUCCUUUACGAACCAAUCAUUUCUGGAAGGACCUCGUGAUCCAACAAACUGUUUUGUGUUGUGUGUGUUGAAAAUGUCCUUUCGUAAAUUACGCAGUGAUUCAUCACAUUCCUAAUGAGUGAAAAAACUGAAAGCUGAUCGCAGAGUGUUGUGUCGGUCACGUUAGAAACUAUGUUUGUAAUUAUGUCGGAAGCUUUGAUAAAUAUUGACGUGUG